AUGUUCAUCAUCUACAAGUCGAACCAGCGGGAGACAAGCCGUCGCAUCGACAUCUGGUACACCGUCUCCAGUCGAUAUCAAAUUCACGAGAACAUCAUCGUCGUCAAGCUGAUCUGUCCUCUCGUGGCGAUGCACGGUUUCGGGUUUGGCUUCUACUGCCUGUGCUACAAUUUCGUGGCCGCCUUCGGAUUCUGGAGCUGGGAACUG